CACCGACGUAUCUGUGAUCGCAGGGCACACAAGCACGCACAGAGUGUAAAAUGGCGCACAGCUGUCGGUGGCGCUUCCCCGCUCGGCCCGGAGGGAGCAGCAACUCCGGCACCGGGAGGAGAGCGGGCCGGAUAAGGGUCACCGCCUCGCUGCGGAACGUCCCGGGAGCCCACCCGCACGCAGCUGGCUUCGGACCCGGGUUUGAUGCUGCACUACAGGUCUCUUCGGUCAUCGGGAGCAACCUGCAGAAAUUUCGGGAUGUUUUGGGGGAAUCGAGUGAUUCGAGCAGCGCGGAGGAAGAAGUGUUUGGAGGAUUUGGAACAAGCACUGAGCAAAAAAGAAUACCAAGUCCAUCAACAAUCACUUCAGGCCCACCAAUACAAGAGAAGAAGCCAAGAGGACGUCCACCACGCACCCUCGCUGCCCAUAAAGAUGUUGCUGCAGGUCGACCUUCCCCCUCGUCCCUUUUCUCCUCCACGCAGACCAAACCUGAAGAUCCUGAAAGGCCAGCGCAAAAGGUGAAGAGACUGCCAGGGAGGCCACCUGGCACCGGAGAAAAGCGAAGAGGUCGUCCCCCAUCGUCAACUUCCAAGAAAGGUUGGAGCGCAGGAAGCCCUGCGGCAACGGAGGAUAGUAGACAAGUUGGUUCUGAGUUGAGCGUGGACACUGAGGAGGACAGAGAUGGAAAAGGUGUAAAGAGAGCACCGCAGUGCUCUGCUCAGCCACAUAAUGCAAAUCUACCCCAAGGUGGGCGGGGUGAAUCCAAAGUUUCCAACUUGAAGAGAGCAACUACUCUUACAUCAUUCAAGUCACGGCUCAAGGCGUUGCCCGGCGUCCCUCGACGUAGGCGUGGACGCCCCCCCUCAGCAGAGCGGCUCAAAGCUGAGGCAGCUGUGGCUCAGCUGUCCGCCUCCACUGAUUGUGGGGAUGGAAAACAUAAAGCCUUUAAAGGAGGGGACAGAGGCAUAGAACCACAGCAGUCCAUGCUGACUAAUGUGAAUGCUGAGGAAGACCAGGACUCUUCCAUACUUCCCUCCUCGCCAUCUCCCUCCAUGCCGGACCAGGCGGUAGGACUCAGAAAAAGCCCUCGACACAGGAAGCCCAUCAGGAUUGUCCCAUCUUCUAAGCGCACUGAUGCGACCAUCGCUAAACAGCUGCUGCAGCGGGCUAAGAAAGGAGCACAGAAGCGACUGGAGAAGGAAGCUGUGGCCGGUGGGACGGGAGCCUUUGAGACCGGUAUCAGGAAGACGCAGCUGAAGAACAUCAGGCAGUUCAUCAUGCCUGUGGUCAGCACCGUAUCCCUUCGCAUCAUCAAAACCCCAAAGCGCUUCAUUGAAGACGAAGGCCACUUCGUGUCCCCUCCGCCCCAUAUGAAGAUCGCACGGUUGGAGGCGCCAAACUCAUCUAUCUCUACAUCCGCCCAACCCACCACCACCACCACCUCUUCCCCUUCGCCGGCGAUGGUCUCCACUACAGUGGCCACCACCAGUACCGGUACUACUGUUCCCAACGAUUCCCUCCCGCCUCCUCUACCUCCAGCUCCCACCCCCUCCGCUCCAUCAACAACUGACAGUCUGCUCAAUAGCAAUACCGACAAUGCGGCCAAUGGACGAUUCAGUAGUAGUGCUGCUUCUUGCGGCUCAAGUGCCAUGUCACAGCAUUCAUCGCAGCUUUCCUCAGCAGAGUCUUCCAGAUCUAGCAGCCCCACUCUGGACGACUCCUCAUGCGAUUCUCAGGCAUCCGAGGCCACGCAAGCACUGUCCGAGCCUGAGGACCACUCUCCAUCCUCGCAGGGAGAGAGGGAGCCCAACCUGUUACACAGCUCCCAGCCUCCCUCACCUCCUUCAGAGCCGGAGCGUGUUUUAUCCAAGAGGAGUCGACGUGGCCGCAGAGGACAGGGUGCGAGUCGGGGCGAUCAAGGCCAGACUACGAGGGAGACGCUAGCCUCCAGUGCCAAAAAGCCAAUCAUCAGCCCACCUAUGGGAGUGCUGAUGUCCUCCUCCGCACUUCUAAACCCACAAAAAGUUUCAUCCACAGCGUCUUCGUCUUCUUCGCCUCCACCUCCCCCUCUCCUCACACCACCACAGCCUCCCCAUUCAGCCUCUGCUAGUACAGCUGCUAUUAGUGAGCACCAUUCCCAGUCACCCUGGUUGCCACACCCCAUCCCGCCGUUCAUAUCUGGGUCAUCAGUGCUAUCCAGCAUGCCGGACAAACGGAGCCGCUCCAUUCUGAGAGAGCCAACCUUCCGCUGGACAUCCCCGUCCCACCCUGAAUACCAGUACUUCUCCUCGGCCAAGUACGCCAAGGAGGGCCUCAUUCGGAAACCAAUUUUUGACAACUUUCGUCCUCCCCCUCUCACCGCUCAAGAUGUAGGGCUGCUGCCUCAAAGUGUCAGCGGAGUAGGGGGCGCUGCUCCCGGUGCCUUCCCCGCACAAGGCGGCGGAUCAGGAACGGGGAACCGCCUGUUUGCAACUCAUCAUGCUCACAGCCAUCCCUCCUCAUCCCGCUUUGAUGCACCUCUCCAGAAGCGUAGCCCGCUUCUGCGUGCCCCACGUUUUACAGCCAGUGAAGCCCACUACAGAAUAUUUGAGUCGGUAACACUGCACUCGUCCUCUGGCAGCAGUCCGGGUUCUCUAUCCCCACACCAGAAGUCGUCAAGCUCCAGCAGAAUUUCACGGCGCAGGAGACGACUGAUCUCUGGAAUUUUACGUGGCCAUACGCGGUCUCCUUCCCACUCGAUGACCAGGCGCAGCAGUCAAAUUGUGAGCCAGAUGUCUGUGGGCAGAGGGUCCUCUGAAAUGUCUGCUCUGUCUGACUCUGUCUCAAGUUGUAACCCCAGCUCCUUGCAGGGGGGAUCCGCCACUCCACUAGCUACUAGUGCCUUAACUCCUGCUCCCUUCGGCAACUUUUCAGUUUCCAUGGGUCUGACCUCACAGGGGAUACCUGACAGCAGGAGAGGGCCGGCUGGAGACCCACCACCUCCUUUAUCAACUACAUCGUCCUCCUCUUCGCCCCUUUUCCCCCACUUUCCUUCCAGUGACCAGGACACAGGGCGAGGAGCUGGAAAAGGAAGUAAAGAGAAAAGCAUGUCAGCUCCCCAGGAGCCUGCUCCAAAGGACAAAGAAAGGGAUGCUGAGAAAAAUAGGGAGAAGGAAAAUAAGAAGGAAGGGAGGAAGGAUGUGGAGAAAAGGAGUAAAGUUACUACUCCAGAUGGCUCCCCGAUUGCACCCUCCGGCCUCUAUAUAGAUGGGAGGGACUCCGAAGAUGCACUUUUGUCUAUUGCUCCAAAAAAGGCUCCAGGGAGAAAAAAAUCAAUCUCAGUCGAUGCGGUUACAGACACUCCAUCCUCUGAGGUGCGUAGUCUCCAUGCCCCUGUUCCCAAUUCCAUUGCAAAGGACCGUUUGCCUAAGAAAGGGAGAUCCAGCGAGAAGGGGGCAGAUAUAGAGGAUGGAGAAAAGGAGGAAGAGAAACAAAGUGCUCCCAGCCAGCAUGCGGCGAGCCUUCCAGGGCAGCCAGGCAAACAAUAUCUCCCAGUUUCCUCGCUUGGAUCAGUGUUGGAACAAGCAGAGAAACAACCUGCAGCCGACAAGCGGGUAGUUGGACUUCUAAGAAAGGCCAAGGCUCAGCUUUUUGAGAUAAAGAAGAGCAAGCUAAAACCUGCGGACCAAACUAAGGUCCAGGGUCAAGAAAGUGACUCUUCGGAGACCUCUGUACACAGUCCGCGCAUCAAGCACGUGUGCCGCCGUGCAGCUGUGGCUCUUGGCCGCAAUCGUGCAGUGUUCCCUGAUGACAUGCCCACACUUAGUGCCUUGCCCUGGGAGGAGAGGGAGAAGAUCUUGUCUUCCAUGGGGAAUGAUGACAAGUCAUCGGUAGCAGGCUCAGAGGAGGCCGAGCCUCAAUCCCCACCCAUAAAGCCACGGGAGACACGGCAAAAGGCCAUUCAAGAAGCUCCUCCCAAAAAGGGUCGGCGGUCACGACGCUGUGGCCAGUGUUCAGGCUGUCAAGUUCCUGAAGAUUGUGGUGUGUGUACCAACUGCCUCGACAAGCCCAAGUUUGGGGGACGGAACAUCAAAAAGCAGUGCUGCAAGAUGAGGAAGUGUCAGAACUUGCAGUGGAUGCCCUCAAAGCUGUUUCUGCAAAAGCAGGGCAAAGGUAAGAAGGACAAGAAGAAGAACAGGUUAGCUGAGAAGAAGGAGGGUUUCAAUUCAGUUAAAGGACAGAACUCUGAGGCUGGCACCAAGACCGGUACUGCACCACCAAAGGAGGAACUUCCCCACAAAAAGAGUGAAAUUCCUCCUCAUGACCCGGGCGAAGAGAACUCAAAACAGCAGUCAUCACCACAACUAUCCUCUCCAGCCCCGUCAUCUUCUCCUUCCCCGGAUGAAUCCCCACAAACCACCAGCGCAUUCACAGCCCAGGCCCAGUCCCCUGACCCCAAGCAUCUCUCUGUCUCGAGCAUCAUCCCUAGCAAGAAGGGGCAAAAGGGGCAGCAGACAGCAUCAUUGUCAUCCUCCUCUUCAUCGUCACCCUCCUCGUCCAGCUCAUCGUCUUCAUCCUCCUCAUCUUCCUCCUCCUCAUCCUCAGCUCAGAAUUCCCCUGCCCCUUCCCCAUCUAUGCCAGCUCAUCCUCAACCGUCCCCACAGCCGCAGGGGCCGCUGAGUGAUCAGGCACCCACAAGGAAAGACGCCUCACCCAAGAUUCCAUUAAGCGAGCCCAUGAAGACCCAGCAGCAAUCACCGCAACAGAAGAGCUCAACAACAGCAACGUCCAAUACGAGUGACCCAAAACAGCUGAAGAAGCAAAUCUUUCGCUCUGCUCUUCCAACUCCUAAACAGAAACCAAAAGACAAGACGCUGGCCACUAAACCCCCUGGCAGCUGUACUUUAAACUGGCUGGGCACUCCCUCGACUAGGGGCCAGGCGAAGUCCACGGCGCCCUGCGACGGAGUGCAUCGAAUCAGAGUGGAUUUCAAGAGGGACCAUGAUGUGGAGAAGGUGUGGGAGGCGGGUGGCCUCAGCCUACUCACCUCUGUGCCUGUCACACCCAGGGUGCUCUGCUUCUUAUGUGCAAGCAGUGGAAACGUUGAGUUUGUUUUCUGCCAGGUGUGCUGCGAACCGUUCCAUCUCUUUUGCCUGGGCGAGUCUGAGCGUCCUAUCCAAGAGCAGUUUGAAAACUGGUGUUGUCGCCGAUGCCGUUUCUGCCAGGCCUGCGGGCGCCAGCAACAGAAAGCUAAACAGCAGCUGCUGGAGUGUGAUAAGUGCCAUAACAGCUAUCACCCGGAGUGCCUGGGUCCCAACCACCCUGCAAAACCCACCAAAAAGAAGAAAGUCUGGAUUUGCACCAAGUGUGUGCGUUGUAAGCGUUGUGGAGCCACCAAACCUGGGAAGUCCUGGGAUGCCCAGUGGUCACAUGACUUUUCCGUGUGUCACAACUGUGCCAAAGGGAACCCUUGCCCACUUUGCAAUAAGUGCUACAAUGAUGACGACCAGGAGAGCAAGACGAUGAAGUGUGGACGCUGCAACCGUUGGGUUCAUACCAAGUGUGAGAGCCUGACAGAUGAAAUGUAUGAGCUGCUGUCAAAGCUGCCAGAGAGUGUUGCCUACACGUGUACCAAAUGUACAGAUUGCCAACCGGCUGAGUGGCGGACGGCGCUGGAAGGGGAGCUCCAGGGCCGCAUUCGCCACAUCCUCACUGCACUGCUCAACUCACACACCUCCGCUCACCUACUACGCUACAGACAGGCGGUGAAACCUCCCGAGCUCAACCCUGAGACUGAAGAGAGUCUUCCAUCUCGUCGCUCCCCCGAGGGCCCAGACCCUCCAGUCCUAACUGAAGCUUCUCCUGCAACUCCUAGCGACUCCCCUGCAGACCUGGAGUCUGUGGAGAAGAAGAUGGAUAAGGGCAGCUACAAGUCUGUGUUGGCGUUCAGUGAUGACGUUGUGCGAAUCAUUCAAACUGCAAUCAACAGUGACGGUGGUCAGCCUGAGAGCAGGAAGGCCAACAUCAUGGUCAAGUCUUACUUCAUCCGGCAAAUGGAGCGAAUCUUUCCCUGGUUCAAAGUGAAAGAGUCCCACUUCUGGGAAAGAUCAAAAGUCUGCGCCAACAGUGGUCUCCUACCUAAUGCUGUUUUGCCUCCAUCUCUGGACCACAACUACGCCCAGUGGCAGGAAAGACUGGAGCUGUCCCGCUCUGAACAUCCCCACCUCAUGAAAAACAUAAUUCCAGCCCCCUGUCCCAAGAACCCUACUGAACCAGACUCUCGAGUAACACCUCCACCCUGCCCGCCGCCUCUACCUCCACUUAUAACAGAUUGUGUAGACCCUGAAUCUCCUCCUCCACCAGGCAUUAGUGAUAACAGGCAAUGUGCACUGUGUCUAAAAUACGGAGACGAAAACACAAACGAGGGUGGCAGAUUGCUAUACAUCGGACAGAAUGAGUGGACACAUGUCAACUGUGCUCUGUGGUCAGCGGAGGUGUUUGAGGACGAUGACGGCUCCCUGAAAAAUGUACACACGGCUGUUCUCAGGGGAAAACAGCUGUGCUGUGAGAUGUGUCAACAGCCAGGAGCCACAGUCGGUUGCUGCUUCACCUCCUGCACCCGUAACUACCACUUUAUGUGUGCCCGUCAGGGCAACUGCGUCUUUCUGGAAGACAAGAAAUUCUAUUGUUCUAAGCACAAGGACCUAAUUAAGGGAGAAGCGGUGUCUGGCUUUGAAGUGACCCGGAGGGUACUAGUUGAUCUGGAGGGAAUCAGUGUAAAGAGGAAAUGGUUGGCAGGACUAGAGCCUGAAAAUCUCCACAUGAUGAUAGGCUCCAUGACCAUUGACUGUUUGGGCAUACUGACUGAACUCUCAGACUGCAAACGCAAACUCUUUCCUAUUGGUUACCAGUGUUCCAGGGUGUACUGGAGUACUUUGGAUGCACGAAAGCGCUGCAUGUACACCUGUAGAAUCCUGGUGUGUCACCCUCCUGUGGGAGAGUCUGAAUUUAAGAGCAUGGUGGCUCCUGAGGAGAAUCUCACAAUAGCACAUAGCCCGCCUCCCGUACAAGACUUUCCUGAUCCAUUUGAGUCUCCAAGGCGCUCAGAGACUCUCUCCCCUGCAAAGACUCCCAAGCUCAGGGUCUACACCAGGAACCGUCACCCCAGCUACCCACCUGCCACCCAGUGCUCGCAAGGCCCUGGUCCACUGCCUUCUCCAGUAGGCGGUUACUCUCAACCCAAAAGUCAAAUCGCUGAGACUGUGCUGGACCCUGUCACACGGAACAUUGACUCCCGUCGCCACAGCUCUCCUUGUCUUUCCCUUCCACCCCACCAGCAUAAUAAAGAAAAAGCGGUGAAAUCACUGACUCAGAUUUUGCCGCGGCCUCUUACCUCGCCCCCUCCACUUAUCUCCUCACCCGCCCGAGACCCCGAAAAGCCUAAACGCCUCAGCAAGGACCCAAUCCAGAGGGACAAGGAAAGGGGAAGAUUGUGCAUCUCUGGCAGGAAUAGACCGCAACCUUCCAUACAUCAGGUAGUAAGAAACACAGACAAGAUUAAGGUGUCGAGUCGUGGUCACGCCUCCAAGGAUCCUGCGAGCAACAAAUCAUCAAAUGACCUCGGGCAAAAGGACUCUGACAUUGGUGAAUCAAUAGCCAAAGAGCACGAAAAGAGGAAGCCAGCUGUGAAAGAACUGGAUAGGGCAAGAAUUCUUAGAAAAGAUACGUUGAGAGAUUCAGAGAAGGGCAGACAAGUAAACUCUGACUCUGAGAAAGGAAGAGAGGUCAACAGAGAGUCAAACAACAGAGAUGUCGAGAAGAGCAAAUCAUCCUUUAGAGAUUCCAGCUCGAAGGAUAUUGAAAACGCGAGAGCCGUCAAUAGGGAAUCAGUGCCAAGGGACUCUGAAAUGCAUAGACAAUUUAGCAGGGAAGCAGGAAAAGACAGACCAUCCAGCAGAGACUCUGAAAAGGGUCAACCUCCUUCAAGGGACUCCAAUUAUAGAAGCACAGAGGGAAACAAGGACUCAGGGAAAGAGAGUGACCCUGACGGCCAGUCCAAACAGGGUGGAGUUGAAAGUAAGAACCCCAGGCUUGCACCUGGUGGCUCGGGCCAGUCUUCACCUCCUAUGGGCACUGCUGUACUCUCCAGUCAUCAGCAGCGAGGGAGCAGCACCAAGCAGGCUCAGAAGCACGGUAAACAUGGAAACAAAGACCAGAAUAUUACUUUGGGUCAUCACAAGUCCACUUUUCACAUCAAGGAAAUGACCAGCUUAGUCAGUGAUAGCACUGUAAGCUUAACGCAAUCUUCCCUCUUUAAUAACGCGGUUGUUGGAAAAUCCAGCUCCCCAACAAUUGCACGAAAAUCAAACGAUUAUUUGUCAGGUCCAGCUGCCAUGAAGCCCUUCUGGCCGUCAAGGACAACGGCAGAUGAUGACCUAGUCAAACAAAACUCCAUACUCACGGCGUCCGCAGCCUCAGCCGCCAAAGACAAGCACUCCAAACUCAAGGCGGCAGGCAACAGAGAGGUAUCCAAAGACACAGACAGGGAGAAGGGUCUCCAAAACAGCAAAAAUGACAGCAAAUCACCACUCUUGAACGAUAACACGAAAGCCAGUGGCAGUUCCAGCAUGCAUGUUAUUAAUCCCAUCUCUCACAACAACAGCAAUAGUAAAGUUCAGUUGCUCGGAAGCAACACCAAAUCGCAUGGCAAGGGUCAGGGGGAGAAGCCGGAGAACCCGGGAAGUAACAGGUCUUAUUCAAAGGGCAGAGAACAUUUUAGCUGCAGUGUGGACAGUUUCCAAGGGAUGAAGAUGACCUCUCAGUCCCACAUCAAACCAACAAUGAAGCAGCUAGUUUUGUCUUCGAGAGAGAAAAAGAAACCUGUAAAAAAAAACGUUCUAACACAGCUGAUGCCCAACAUUAAGACCGACCCCAACGGCACCAGCAACGUCGAUGGAAUUUCGUCUUCCUGUCCCACGACCACUACCUCUUCUGUUUCUCCUGCUGGCCAGGGGAUCCGUCACUGUGCCCGUCCCAUUCUCUUCUCCUCACCUUCUGCCAGCAGCAGUGACAGCUCAGAAUCUGAUACCCAGACUCAAACAGAGGAGGAGGACUCGCACAAAGAACACCCUUGCACUGAACUCCGAGACCACCACAGCCUCCUCACUCAAGUAACAGAAGAUGAGGCAGAAGGCCCUGAUGAUUAUCAUGACAGAGGUAUGGGCGAUGCACAUCACGAAGACGACAGUGACGGUUCAGGGUCGGCCAAGCGGCGCUACCCUCGACGUAGUGCCCGUGCUCGCUCUAACAUGUUCUUUGGACUUACACCUUUCUAUGGGGUUCGCUCUUACGGGGAAGAGGACCUUCCGUUCUACAGCAGUGGGGAUGGAUCUGGCCCCUUGGUUAAGAGGAGGACUGGGCGUAAAAAGUCAGCUGAGGGGCAGGUGGAUGGGGCAGAUGAUAUGAGCACCUCCUCUUCAUCGGGUGACAGUGGAGACGAAGAGGACAGCGUAAUGAACCAGAGAGUCAAGGACCCUUAUUACUACAACUUUACACGGACAAUAAUCAACCCAGGUGAGGGCCUGCCUUCAAUAGAAGGACUUGAUCAGUGUCUGGGACGGGGCUCCCAGCUCCAACGCUUUCUGAAAGAUGAAGAACAGCAGCAGCAGAGGGCACAAGAAAAAACUGAAGACGACAUGCUCAAUGCACUGACUUUGGGUAAGCAGCACAUUGGUCAGCUCGAUGGAAUUGAUGAUGGCUCAGAAAGUGACACUAGCAUCUGCACCACCAGUACCACAACUACCACAGCCACCUUGGCUUCCACGCCACACAAGAACACUCCGAGAAGAAGAGGCAGAGACAGGCACCAGGAGAAACAGGACUCUCAAGAGUCUGCCAAGGAGGCACACACCAGCGGUGGAGGCAAUGGAGCAAUGAACAUAAACGCUCGAGAAGGCCGAAAAGGACAGAAAGAGAAUUGCCUCGCUUUAGGCGGGGGGGUCAAGUCGCAGCCACAAAGUCAGGGCCAGGAUCCUCUCGAAGCUCAACUAUCCCUCAACACAGACCUUCUUAAAUCAGACUCUGACAACAACAACAGUGAUGACUGUGGUAACAUUUUGCCGUCGGACAUUAUGGAGUUUGUUCUGAACAUACCUUCCAUGUCAAUGCAGGCUCUGGGUCAGCAGCCUGAGUCUUCCUCUUCUGAGUUGCUGCUGGAUGAGGGCUACGUUGGGGUGGAUGUUGACCGGCGUAAAAAUAUUCUGUUUGGUGACUUUUCUGAGCCUCUGCCCAGUGCUGAGACUAGAGGGGUAGGGGAGAGUAGUGUGAACAGCUCCAUAUCUGUAGAGGAGCCUUAUCUUCCACUUGAGCUGCCCUCCGAUCUUUCUGUACUAACCACACGCAGUCCUACUGUGAAUUCCGUUCAGAACCAUACUGCUGGCAACAUCAUCGCUGAUACCUCAGAGCGCACCAUGUUGGGCAUGACGUCUGACCCAGAUUCAGUAAGCAGAAAAAAGAGUGGGGACAAGAAAAGAGUGGGACCAGGAGUGUCACCCUCAGAGAAUCAACGUGAUGCUGCAACUUUGGGAAACGGGGAUACACAAGUCACUGAAGGUCACAUGACCCCCGAGCAGUUUAUUCCUAGCCCUGCUAUUGGUCAAGUGGUUGAAACUCCAGUUAAGCAGGAUGUUUCCAGGAAUUCCGGCACUCCCGGUUUGCCAAGUUCUCCAUCACUUCCUCUUCAGGGUCAAAAGUUCCUCCCUGCCUCAGCUACAGCUGCAGGCAGUCCCAGUCCUGUUCCUGGUCCAGGACCAUCUCAGGGUCAGGUUUCCACCCCAGCUGUCAUCAAACCGAGUCCUGAUAAACUCAUCGUUGUGAACCAGCAGUUUCAGCCUCUUUAUGUCCUCCAGACUGUCCCCAAUGGAGUCAGCCAAAAAAUAACAGCCACGGGAGUGAUGGACACUAGCUCUCAAGCACUUCUGAGCUCCAUGACACUCACCACAGGCUUGAAUGCCGGGUUAUCCGGAUCCCAGACUAUAUUUCCUGCUGGUGGGAAAGUCUUGGGUACGAUGUCUCACUCCUCUCAAAUUCACACGUUCAGAGGAGCAACCCAGGCUGGCUUUCAGACAGGAAUUCCUAGCACCACUUCAGGGCUUCUCAUUGGGUUGUCCUCUCAAGCUCACGACCAGCCUCAGAUUCUGGUCUCUGAGGCGGGUCGACCGCACGAGUUGGGUCCAAAUGUUGCCAUUGUGUCCAGUGCGUCUUCUCUCACCGCUGUCCCGACUGUGCUGUCCUCUGCCCACGGUAAGAAAAGGCCCAUCUCUCGUCUUCUGCCAAAAAAACCUAAGAAAUUGGCCCGCUCGCGCAGUCAGCCCACUCUUGCCCCUGAUGUUGGCCCUCCCAACAUGACCCUCAUCAAUCUGUCAUCCCCUCAAAUCACCGCAAGCAUCCCCAGCCAAUCUGGUGGCCUCGUUGAGUUAAGCACCCUAUCCAGCUCUCAGCGUAAGGUUCCCAAUAUAAUCAAACGACCAAAAUCUGGUGGUGUAAUGUACUUGGAUCCCACUACACUCAUUCAGCAGAGGAUUCCUGGUGCUGCCCAGGCUGGUGUGCUGGAUUCCUCCACUCACAUAUUACCCUCUGGACUCAGUGCCAGUCAGUCAGUUUUAAAUGUUGUUCCUGUGCCCUCUAGUGGUACUGCCGGCCUCCUGACAUCAGGGUCUGUGUCCCUCUCGACGCCAGUCCUUAGCUCGACUGAAAUCACAGGGCCCAUUAGCAACCUCCUGUUUAAGGCCAGCCCACACGGGUUGAGCCUGUCCGAUCAACCGAUGGUCCUGCAGUCGGCAGGGGCAACUCCUCUGGUGUCCCAACUCGGCUCCCCUGUGACAUCCAUAGCCAACAGUAUCUGUGUCCUGCCUUCCCAGCAGUCUUUCAGUGUAGCUGUCACUCAGCAUGGGGAUACGGAAGGCAGCACUGUGCACCUGCAUCAGGCUUUUUCCCGAGCCCAAACUUUGGAGUCCAGUCCAAGCACCAGAGUUACAAUAGCGCCAGUUACCCCUUUGAGCCCCGCGAAAGGGCGGGUGGUUGGAGUGUUUACCCAGACACACACCUCCUUGCACUCCCAGAGCAGCAGAACCACUCCCAUACAGCGACGCUCUGAUCAAAGCCUGCAAAACUCCAUUGGUGUCGCACCCGCAACAAUUACGGUUUCAAGGGCAGAAAAGGGCAAACCCAAAGCCAAAAGAAGCAGAAAGAGCACAGACAUCAGCAAUAGCAAAAAGGUCAAGGUUUCCCAGGUGGAGGAGCAUCACAAUAACUCAGCAGGACUAAACCCCUCAAAUUCAAGCACCGCGCAAGAAGUGAGCUGUGCUGAGCCCAUGGACACGGACGAACCCCCCAACAAGGCAACCAACAAGAGUGUACUUGGUAAAAAGAAGAAUGCGGAAGAUCCUGGUUUCCCUGGUAAGGUUGCGGUCCAAGACAAAGGUUCUAUUGAAAGAAGACCAGGUUGUCUCGCAGUUGCUUUACCACCCAGCCAAGUUGGCAGCAGCAAAGACACGGAGCUGGACAGCAAACCCAAGAAGGGCAUCAUCUUUGAGAUUCGCAGUGAAGACGGCUUCCACAUCCGCUGUGAAAGUAUUGAAGAUGCCUGGAAGUCCCUAACUGAUAAAGUGCAGGAAGCUCGCUCUCAUGCUAAACUACAAAAGGUGUCCUUUGAAGGGGUGAAUGGACUGAGAAUGCUGGGACUGGUCAAUGAGGCUGUGGUGUUCCUGUUAGAGCAGCUGUACGGCACCAGACACUGUCGGAGCUACCACUUCCGUUUCCACAAACCCAAGGAAACCGAAGAGCUCCACAUCAACCCGCAUGGGUCGGCUCGGGCAGAGGUCCACCACAGGAGGUCUGUUUUCGAUAUUUUCAAUUUCUUGGCCUCAAAACACCGCCAGCCUCCUGAGUAUAGGCCACAGGGAGAGGAUGAGGAAGAAGCACACCUCAGGUCUGCCAGACGUGCGUCGAUGGAACUGCCGCUUGCUAUGCGAUUCAAAAACCUCAAAGCUAACUCCAAGCAAACGAUAGGAGUCUACAGAUCCGCCAUACAUGGCCGAGGCCUGUUCUGCAAGAAAACCAUUGAUGCAGGAGAGAUGGUCAUUGAGUAUUCUGGGACCGUGAUCCGCUCUGUCCUCACAGACAAGCGGGAGAAAUACUACGACGGGAAGGGGAUCGGCUGUUACAUGUUCCGCAUCGAUGACUACGAGGUGGUGGACGCCACCGUGCAUGGCAACGCGGCGCGCUUCAUCAACCACUCGUGCGAGCCCAACUGCUACUCGCGGGUGAUCACAGCUGACGGCCUGAAGCACAUUGUUAUCCUCGCCACCCGCCGCAUCCACUGCGGUGAGGAGCUCACAUACGACUACAAGUUCCCCGUGGAGGACACCGGCAACAAGCUUCCCUGCAAUUGCGGCGCCAAGAAGUGCCGCAAGUUCCUCAACUGACAAGUUCAUGCCAACUUCUUAACCUAAGUCUGCUCUCGCUCGGACUGAAUAUGCAGAGGAGGAGGGGCCAUAAGUAAAAAUUUAAAUACAUCGUGCCUCCUUUACCAUCAAGCUUCAUCAGUUUUACUGAAAUUUGGAUAAGCUGCUAAAAAUACUUAUUUUUACAUUGGCCCAUCCUCCAUCAGUUUGAUUUACAAGAUGUUUAAAAGAAAAAACAAAUCAAAGGUUCCAUUUAACACCAAAGUGCAAUUUGUUGAAGGAACAAGAAAUUUGUUUGGAUUAGUAUUUGCUCCCACUGUUGUUCUGCACAUUUCGCCCGUGUGAAUGUGCCCUGAUGCCUUCAGAGCCAUGGUGACUUGACCUCGCUUAAGGGUACAAACCUGCUGACCUGAGAGCGACAUAAAUGAGGGGGGAAAAAGGUUAUUCGUCAUACCCGUGCACUUGAUUUGACCAUUGGAGCGUUGUGUUAUUGACUGGCCUCUUGAGAUAAAGAGGGGGAAAAAAGGCAGCUUGAGAUUCUGGUGGACUGACAGUCACAGGCCCCUGAGACUCUACUGACGUGCUUUAGUAGAUGUAUUUAUCUUUUUUGGGGGGGGUUCUCAUUUUGUUGUUGUGAUCCACGGAUAACCGUGGAUUUUUAAUUUAAUUUAAUUUAAUCUUUUUAACAAAAUGUGCCGUCAUUCUUAUCUCGUUUUUUGUUUUUGAUGAAUCUGUUUAGAUUCAUCGUUCCAAAUGACAGCAGCAAAGAGAACCAAACAAACAUAGCGCCCUUGAAUUGAUAUUUUCACAUCGCCUCUUGUGAUUACCAUUAUUAUUAUUAUGGAAAUGUUGUUACAUGUUCUGAGUCUUUUAAAGUCUUGUCUCUUUUUUUGUCUUUUUUUUUUAUCAAGAAAGGCAACUAUCACGGUUUAAAAUAUGUAAAUAAUGUAUAUUUUUCUACAACAAAAAAAGACUUAAAAAGCACUGACUAGUGAAUAGCACUUAAUGAUGGUAUUUAUAUUUUUUUAAAAAGUCAUAUUUAUUUUAAUGCCAUUUUUUGUAGGAAAUAGAGGUUUACCAACACUAAAGCGCUCUCUAUGUUUUUUACGCCGCUGCCUUUAUAAAAUUUUGUUUCUGUAUUAUUUUUUUUAAUUAUUAUUAUGAUUUUGUUAGUCUGAAUGUUUUGUUUGAUUCCAAAGACUGACGCUGGUCUACGGCUUGGUCCACUUGGCUUCAGUCCACCAGCAGCUCUCCACCUGGGCCUUUUGGUCAAAGCUAAUUUAUUUUUCCUGUCGUUGUCGAGAUAAUAAGAGUUGGCAAUGUGGCUCGUGAACUAUUAUUGUUAUGCACUUGGGAGAGUUUAGAUGGUUGAUCCUUAUCUGAUAUCUACUCUCUCCAGCCUUAUUGUCUCCUCACCACAUCAAAAACUCUCAGAGAAGAAAAGUAGGAACCAGACAGUCAUAUCAAUCAGUACACAUCAACAAAAAUUGGACUAACUUUUUUUCAUAGGGAGGUGCCUUUAUUUUGAUGCUCCGCACACCCACAGUACAAAGAAGGAUUAGAGCUAUACUGAAAAAGAAAGAAAGUCUUAAAGCUUUAAAGUUUAAGUCAUAAUGUUAUAAAAUCAGGAUUGAAGCUACAGUAACUUUUUUGUUAAAAUAAAAGUAAUUUUGAUCCAAGCCACUACAAGAGGAGGUGACACAAUACUGAUUAAGUCUAUCAGCUCCUCUUAUCAUCUUGCUAUAUUUUUCAAUAUUUUAUCUUUUAUAGUUCAUGUCAACCGGUGAUAUUCCCACACCAAAAAGAUCAGAAAUUAUUUUAUCUACAUUUACUUACAUUUAUUUAGCCUGGCAUUGUCCCAUGCCUACUGUAUGUAAAAAGCUACCUAAGCAUAUUAUUUUGCAUUUCUGUAGCAUAAAAUAAUCAUACAAUAAUUAAAGAAUCCAUCUUCUUCCCCACCAGCCAUCCUUCAAAACAGGGCAAAAAAAGAUUGGAGGCGGGGGCUUAGCAUGGCCUACAUAAUAGCGACAGCUAUGUUGUUGUAAUGCAAAAUUCCAGCCUAGGCAGUGACAGAAGCUUAACACUGCAGCCUUAAUACUAUGAGAAAAUGUUCAAAUGUUAAGAGAAUACAUGUAAUGUCAUCAAAAAAGUCAUAUCAUGAGAAAAAUGUUGUAAAGUUCAGAGAUUAAAGUCAAAAUCUUCUGAAAAGAGUCUGUUAUAAUAAAAUCUUCAUGUUAUGACAAAGUCGUAAUAUUACAAGAAAAGGGUGCAAUGUUCAGAGAGUAAGUUCACUGUUAUCAAAAGUUAUAACAUGACUAGAAAAAAGUUCCAAACAUAAAGUCACAGUUGUAAGAAUAAAAUCCUGUUAUGAGAUCAUUUCAAAAAUGUACAACCUUUUUCGCAAUAUGUAAGAUUAUUUUUUUUUUUUUACCUUAAAUGUGCAACUUUAUUCUCAUAAUAUUACGACUUCAUUCUUGAAAAAUAUACUACUUUUUAUCUUGAAAAUAUGCAACUUUAAUCUCAUAAUACCAUGACUUUAAUGUUAAAAAACCUUUUUUCUUGAAAACCUUUUGGGGGGAUUUUAUCAAAAUAUACAGCUUUUUACCUCAAAAGUAUGACUUUUCUUAAAUAUAAAACCAUAGUAUUCUGACUUUAAUUUGAAAAAUGUACAACUUGUUUUGAAAAUAUACUACUUUAUUCUCGUAAUAUUCUGACUUUAAUCUUGAAAAUAUACAACAUCUCAUAAUAUUGUUUCCACUUUUGAUCUUGAAAAUAUGACUUAAUUCUUUCAGACUUUAAUGAAGAAAUAUACAACUUGUUUCUCAAAAAUAUGCAACUUUAUUUUCUUAACCUUCUAACAUUAAUUUCAAAACCGUGCAACAUUUUUUCUCAAAUAUAUUCUUUAUUCUUCUAAUAUUACGACUUUCAUCUUAAAAAUAUGCCACGUUUUUCUUGAAUAUUGUUAGUAUAGCAUAAUUGCCUGAGUCAUAUUUGAACAUCUUUGAAAAACAAUGAGAAACACAAUUUUUAUCAAUUACAUUAUUAUUUUUUUUUUUUUUUUGAUAUUGUGACAGUAAGUAAAAAAUGACUGGUAAUUAUGUUAUUAGGCUAAAUAAAAAAUGACUUUGGCAAUUGUGUUGUUAGGCUAACAAUAUCAAUAAAAAAUACCAAUGUGCUAGCUAAAAAUAGUUGUUUCUGUUUUCCGAAAACGUUUCAAUACGAUAUAUGCAAAUAAGUUAUUAGGCUAACGAUGUAUACGACUUUAUUCUCGUAGAAUUUCGUGUCUUUUUUUCAGUGUGGCACUAAUCCUCCUUAGUAUACCUGUAAAAGCACCACUUUGUCAUGUGAUCUGUGAACAGCCUGUGUUUAGACUUUAAAAACUAUUUUUUUUCCUGCCAUUCAUGCUGACAUCAUUAGCAGUGACACCCACGCUGCCCAUCUGUAUCGUGAAAAUCCUCACACCCACACAUCAAGCUUGAUUGAGAGUGAGCCCUGGGUGGUGGGACCUGGGAGGCCCUUACCAAGUGCACUUGACUGUCAGCGGGCACCAAAGUGAAGUGGGCCUAAACUCCUACCCUGAUGGUGUGGCGUGCAUAAACGGGCCCUCCUCUUGUACACCGGGGUGGGCAGACUGGCUGGAUUGUGCUGCUACAAUGAAUGUAAACUCCUUCCUCCACGUUACCUGAAUUAUGAGCGUGGAUUUCUUUUCCAUUGCCGUGCUGACAGACCUGAGGGCCUGUGGCGUGCACGGCUACACACACGCGAGCGUCGGCGCAAACAUGUCCGCCGAUCUCAAGGGCUCUGUCUACAACUCUCAGUCUGUGGACUCCUUGGACUUCAUUUCCUCUUAGUGGCUGGGGUCACACCAGUGGCCCUGACCCCUCUCUGUCUGUAAUUAUAGUAUAAAUACAUGACAAUAUUAUACGCAAACACAUGCAUAGUCUUGUACGUUAGUAUCUAUACAAUAUAUGGAAUGGACAGACAAACUUAGUUUCAGUAGCAAAAACAACCGAUUUAUACUAGCAACGUUUCAAUGUACUCUAUAAUGGUUUUUGUGUUACAGUAAUAUCAGAUGAAACUAACGUGCAUAAUUUCUUUUUUCGUAUAAUGGAUAUCCAGUACCAGUUUUUGCUGUGCCUGCGAAUGCAACUUGGCCACGAAAGGAGCGUCGCAGUUUUUUUUUUUUUUGUUUUGUUUUGUUUUGGGUUUUUUUCCCGGAAAAGGAGCAAUUUUACGUGACGUGUAAGUGUAUUCAUGUGGUUGUGAAUUUCUUGGUCAUUUCUUCCCCCCCAGUGUAUGUUAAAACAGGGACUUUUAUUUGAUGUGGUAAUAAUUUUAAAGCUUGAUUUGUUGAUUAGGACUUUUUUUUUUUUUUUUUAUAAAUAUCCCACCAAAAUGACAGUUUUCAUGUCCUCUGAAGCUUUGGUUAUACUUAUCAUGUACUGUUUUUUUUUUUUUUUUUUUUUUUAAAUACAGUCAUAAUGCUGAACAUUUAAUUUAUUUAUUUUGUGCAACAUCCAUAAAGGAGUUGUUACUUUUUAGAGAGGUUGAACAAGUCCGUGUAUUUUGUGCGUAUGUGUGUGUGUGUGUGUGUUUCUGGUAUUGAACUCAUCAGCCUUGUUGAAUGAAAUGUGGUGUCGCCGUAGGAGCGGAUGACGGGAUGUGGGGAAAGAAAAAAAACAUGAACAGGCUCUUUCUUUGAAUGCCUUCGAUAUGUGUUUUGUCAUCGAUAAUCCUGUCACCACCACCACCAUCGUAAUACACGGUAUUCAUAACAGUGUUCUCUCCCAGCAAUGAAGGAAAACCACCACCGUGAAAAAGAAAAUAAACCACAAAACUUUACUCGGUUGAAUGUAAUAAUGAGGAAACAAAGUUGUACAUAAUGUGUAAAAAGAAAAGUUUCUAAUCAUGUUUAUUUUCUAUGCACCUUUUUUAUUUAAGUGAUAGUUUAAAUAAUAAACAUGUCAUAAUAAACAAAGCUUUUUUUGUCUCAUCA